AUGAAAGUGGAUAAGAAAGAGGAAGGGAGUGGUAAGGGUGAGGAGAUAAAAGAGGGGAAAGGAGAUGAAAAGACCCGAAAAACAAUCUUUUUCCCAUCCGACUACGACUGCCGAGGUAAACAAAGCGAACAAGCGACCCACUGGAAAGACAAGGAUUUACUGGAAGAAAGAGCUUAUUUUAGAACAAUAACAGAGCCAGCAUCAUUAAGCAUUGAAAAUGUCGAAGAAUCAGAUGAAGGCGAUUAUAAGUGCAGAGUUGAUUUUAGAAAAUCACAAACUAAAAAUCAUAGGUUAAAAUUAAUCGUUAUCGUGCCUCCUCAGACCCCCGCAAUAAUAGACGAUAGAGGUAAAAUCCUGCAAAGUGUUACCGGACCAUACGAAGAAGGGGACGAAAUGAAAAUUCUCUGCAUCGUGUCUGGAGGAAAACCGAAACCUCACGUUUGGUGGUGGAAAGGAGAAACAUUGAUCGAUACAACAGAUGAACCGAGCGGUUUUUCAAAUAUCAUGAACAAUCAACUUGUGGUAUCGAGAUUGUCUAGAUUUGACCUUCAUACCGUUUACACAUGUCAAGCAUCAAAUACAAACAUAACGCAACCCGUACAAACAAGCGUAACUGUCGAAAUGCAUCUCAAACCGGUUUCCGUGAGCAUUCUAUCAUCUAACAAUCCAUUGUCUGCAGAAAGAAAUUACGAGCUUACAUGUCAAUCGAUCGGAUCUAGGCCUCCAGCUAAGAUAACUUGGUGGAAGGAUAACAAACUAUUGGAUAAUUUUUCCGAAACGGUAUCACCGGAUGGUAACAUAACAACUUCAAUUCUUACAUUUACACCAAAAGUAGAAGAUCACGAUCGAAGUUUGAUUUGUCGAGCUGAUAACAAACUUGUUAAAGCCGGAGCAGAAGAAGACAGUCUUAUAUUAAACGUAUUCUAUGUUCCUAUUGCUCAACUCGAAUUGGGUUCGAAUCUCGAUCCGAACGAUAUUGAAGAAGGCGAUGAUGUUUAUUUCGAAUGUAAAAUACAAUCCAAUCCGCAAGCAUACAAAGUCAUUUGGAAGCACAACGGACUUCCACUUCAGCACAGUUUAAAAAGUGGCAUCAUAUUAAGUAACAGAGCUUUGGCUUUGCAAAGCGUUAAAAGAUAUCAGGCUGGAGAAUAUUCGUGCGUUGCAUCAAACGUCGAAGGAGACGGAGAAAGCAACAUUGUCACAUUGGCUGUCAUGUAUAAACCUCUCUGCAGGAACGAUCAAAAGAGGAUUUAUGGAAUCGCUCGAAACGAAGAAGCAAAAAUUUUAUGCGAAGUCGAUUCGUUUCCGGCUCCUCUAACAUUUCGAUGGUCUUUCAAUAACACGGCAGAAACGUUCGAAGUACCCCAGGAAAAGUACCGAACGGGUACCAGAUUUCUCAGCACGCUCAUGUAUAAACCGAUAUCCGAUAUGGAUUACGGUACCGUCAUGUGCUGGGCAACAAAUUCUGCCGGAGAGCAGAUCGAACCAUGUGUCUUCCAUGUGAUAGCAGCCGGUCAUCCAGACCCGCCUUUUAAUUGUUCGGUUCUUAAUCAAACGACGGAAUCCCUUGAAGUCGAAUGCGUCGAAGGUUUCGACGGUGGUCAACCUCAAUGGUUUUUCGUUGAAGUUCGUGAUAGUCAAAGCGGAGAAUUGAAAGCGAAUAUUUCAAACAAAUUUCCAGUUUUUAGCAUAAGUCAUUUAUCUCCAGGACAAAUUCUCAAACUUUUAGUCACGGCCGUUAAUAAUAAAGGAAAAAGCGAUUCCGUAUUUUUAGAAGGAUUCACAUUGAAAGUUGCCGAAAAACAAACAGGAACUCCAGCAACGCUCAGCAUGACACCCGUUUUGGGUUAUUUGGUCGGAGGAUGUUUAAUCGUUUUACUCAUGGCUUUGGUUGCUGGUAUCGCCUGGAGAAAAUCACAAACGAAAUCAACAAACAGAUCCGAUGUGCGACAAUUAAAAGAAAAAGUUGUUCUGCCAUUGAGAUCAGACGUUGAUGAUUUUUGCGAAAUGGAAGAUAAAAAUCCAGAUGUCGUCCCGUGCAAUAAAGAUUCAAAUUAUCAAUUGAUAUUAUCAUCGGAUACACCAACUUCCGGUUUAUUAAAUAAUAAAAAUCGUGAUAAUUCCGACGGUGAAAUAUUUCAAAAAAGUACAAUUACAAGAAAUGGAGGAAUCCAUGAUAAUUAUAAAAAUGGAAUUCCAAAAUUGCCUAAUAGUAACAGUAUUAACUCACCGAGCGAAGUGACGUAUGCAGAAUUAUGCAUAUCACGUCCUGGUACGAUUGGUGACGUCAAAACAAAAUCAUCAAUCGUCUCGUGUUCGUCUCAGCACCAACAACACCAACUUCCGCUAAGACGAGAUAAUACGAGACAGGAUCAAACAAUUUAUGCCGUCAUAGAUCACAAUCGAAGGCCGCCACUACCAUCAUCCGGAUCGGGGUCGGUGGCGGCGGCGGCGGCGUGUAACGAUAGUAAUACUAUUAAAUCCCCUCUCACCCCUACAACGUCUUUAACCCCCGGUAGUACUAAAGAAAUCGUGACGGUGAGAACGCCACUCAUGGGUCACCAACAGGAAAGUUGCGUAUAG